AUGACGGAUCAUCGAGUCAGGCGCCUCGUCCUCCCCGUACUCCCACGACUCAAAGUACUUGGUAUGAGCUCAAGCUCCCCUGUCGCCGAUCGGCGAAAAGCGAGGUCCAAGAAUGGCUGCUUGACGUGUCGCAUCAGAAAGGUCAAAUGCGACGAAAGCAGGCCGGUCUGUAAAAGAUGCGAAAACAGCCCCAACAAAUGUGAAUGGCUUGAGCCGGGACAAUCGUUGAGUGCAAGGGGACAGCCUACUAAGAGCUUUUCGAGUCCUGUUGGCUAUGGAAGUCCCAGACUCAUUGCGUCGAGUGAAUCGCCAAAUACAAAUCUGACCCCGACCGACUCGGCAAGCCCAGCCGACUUCCACUCACAAGGGAGUAGUUAUGAAUCACCACGGCCCUCUCUAUCAGCAGCCCAUAUUGCCCUUGCCAACUCGCUUCAUUUGAGCUCCGAGGAUCGUGCAGCGUUUGCGUAUAUUCCUGGCUCAAUAUUAGUCUUGAGCUAUGGGAAACUGUGGCCAUGGAGUAACUUCUCAUAUAUCUACACGCACAUCGCGAGUCAAUACCCUGGGGUGAUGAGAAGCUUUAUUGCAGUCGCAGACAUGGAGCUCAGAGCAAAGGAUCUCCUCACCGCACAGGACGCUAUCGACCCAGCUGGGGUUCUGGAAAGGGCAAGUCGACUAGGGUCCGCUGCAACCAUUCAUUAUGCCCAGGCUCUGCAAGAUUUAUCGUCUUUACUAGAUCAUAUCUGUCAGACAGCAGAACAGAGUUGUGAUGUCGACGCUUUGUUCACUAUGUGGUUCCUUAUUCUGAGAUACGAGGCUUACGAUUCAGAAACCAUUGGGUCAUCUUUAUUGCAUCUCGAAGGAAUUAGGUCUUUCUUAAGACCAUAUCUGCAAGGGGAUAGACAGAAGAGAUUACCAUGUGUAGCACAGGCUAUGCUGCUAUACACUCUGUAUCUGGAUGCAGAUUCGGCUACAGGGAAUGCCAACAGCGGCCAAUUCUGUCUCGACUUUCUCUCCCGUGAUGCUCACGAAUACAUUUCCCAUGAACAUCUCUUUCUUAGCGUGAGAUCGGCUCUUCCUAAGAUGUGGGGCGAGCAAUAUCCUGUAUCCGAACUUCUCGAUGAUCUAGAAAACUACCGCCCGCUACGUCUCUAUCAUCUGUGCCAAGGAGCAAAGUUGGAGCUUCUCAGGCUCGCGAGAUCAACGACACAUGAUGGAUCGGAGGAAGGCAGUCUGAAAAAACUCUGGCGACAUGUUGAAAAUUUCGGUGAUGAAUUUGUAGAUAUCCUACUCCUUGCCAAGAAAACCCCCAGUUCGGGUGGUAAACGUCUCAUGUGGACAGUCUAUGCUGCAGCCCUCGACUUCCACGCCCUUCAAAUCCUAUGUUCAAGCCUAGACACCUACCACGAAACAUCAUUCAAGCCUGAAACUUGUCUCUCAUAUAUCUUCACUGUGGCGACCAAAGCAUUAACCGAAGAUCCACGCCAAAUUUAUCGUUUCAUGUGGUCACUUUCUGUGGCAUUGGGUAAAAUGCAGGGACAUAGUAGCCAGGCUUGGCUAUCUACACAACUUGCCAGGGCGCGGGUUUUGUUACCACGGUUUGGUGUUCCGGGAUUAGUUCUGGAGCAAUGCAUCGGACUUCAGAUAAGUAACGAGGGAUAA